AUGGUUCGCCUCCUCUCGUUCCUCUGGCCUGCGGCACUCGCCUCAGCCGCCGCCGUCACAGUCCUCGAUCCCAAGACAUUCGACAAGACCGUCCUCAAAAGCAACAAGCCUGCACUCGUCGAGUUCUAUGCGCCAUGGUGUGGCCACUGCAAGAACCUCGCACCCGUGUAUGAGGAACUCGCUUCAUCCUUCAGCGCCCUCUCGGACAAAGUCACCAUCGCGAAUGUCGACGCUGAUGAUCACAAGGAGCUGGGCAAGAGGUUCGGAGUCACAGGCUUCCCCACCCUAAAAUGGUUCGAUGGCAAGUCUGAGCAGCCCGAGGAUUACAAGGGCGGUAGGGAUCUGGAGAGCCUAACGGCGUUUGUGACGGAGAAGACUGGACUCAAGCCCAAGACACCGAAGAAAGCUGCUAGCAGUACGAUUAUGAUGGAUGACAAGAUGUUCAAGGAGGAGGUUGGUGGGGAUAAGGACGUGUUGGUGGCGUUCACGGCGCCUUGGUGUGGUCACUGCAAGACCCUAGCACCUGAAUGGGAGAAAUUGACUGCCGACUUCGCUGCGGAGCCCUCUGUUCUGAUCGCCAAAGUCGACGCCGAGGCUGAGAACGCUAAAGCAACCGCUCAGGACCAGGGCAUCUCCGGCUAUCCUACCAUCAAAUUCUUCCCCAAAGGCUCGAAGACCCCAGAGACAUACAGCGGCGCUCGGUCCGAGAACGCUCUGGUGGACUUUGUCAACUCCAAGGCUGGCACGUACCGCACCACAGGAGGCGGCCUCUCGACAGCCGCGGGCACUAUCGAGGCUUUCGACACUAUCUUGGCGAAAUAUGCGGGCAAGAAGAACUGGGAACAAGCUAGCAAAGACAUUCAGGAGGCCGCUGCGGGUGCUACGGGGGCUAUGAAGGACUACUAUCUUAAAGCGAUUGCGAAGAUCACGGGCAACCCCGAAUAUGCGAUGAAGGAGCAGACACGGUUGGCUGGUCUCCUCAAGAAGGGUGGCGUGGCACCAGAGCGCAUUGACGACAUCCAGAAACGGAGCAACAUCCUCGCCAAGUUCCUUGUGACCGACCCUGACACCAAAGAUGAGUUGUAG